AUGGCAGAUGACCUAAAGCGAUUCUUGUAUAAGAAGUUACUGAACUUGGGCCCCAUCUCAGGGCCCACUUCAGAAGGACUCCAUGCUAUUUUUGUGUUGGAUAGAGAUGGAGCUCUUGAGCAUGCUUUAAGACCUGGUUUCUUAUCUACUUUUGCCCUUGCAACAGACCAAGGGAGCAAACUUGGACUUUCAAAGAAUAAAAGCAUCAUCUGUUACUAUAAUACCUACCAGGUAGUUCAGUUCAAUCGUUUACCUCUCAUGGUGAGUUUCAUAACCAGUAGCAAUGCCAACACAGGGCUAAUUGUCAGCCUAGAAAAGGAACUUGCUCCAUUGUUGGAAAAAUUGAUCAAAGUUGUGGAAAUUUCUUAAUCUGAUGGUG